AUGUAUGUCAAGCAGAUUAUCAUUCAGGGCUUCAAGAGCUACAAGGACCAAACAGUCAUUGAGCCCUUUUCGCCGAAACACAAUGUCAUCGUCGGCCGCAAUGGUUCGGGCAAGAGCAACUUCUUUGCCGCGAUUCGAUUCGUCUUAAGCGAUGCCUACACGCAUCUUGGUAGAGAAGAGCGUCAAGCUCUACUGCAUGAAGGUUCGGGCUCGGCUGUGAUGUCGGCCUAUGUCGAGAUCAUCUUCGACAACUCAGACGACCGCUUCCCCACCGGGAAGCCGGAGCUGGUCCUUCGCCGGACCAUUGGUAUCAAAAAGGACGAAUACACGCUGGAUCGCAAGAAUGCGACCAAAAACGACGUCAUGAACCUUCUCGAGUCGGCCGGUUUUUCGCGAUCGAAUCCUUACUACAUUGUUCCUCAGGGUCGAGUAACUGCGUUGACAAACAUGAAGGAUUCGGAGCGUCUGGUUCUCUUGAAGGAGGUCGCCGGUACCCAGGUUUACGAAGCACGCCGCGCGGAGUCUCUCAAAAUCAUGCAGGAGACCAACAGCAAGCGCGCGAAGAUUGAUGAAUUGCUAGACUACAUCAAUGAGCGCUUGGCCGAGCUUGAGGAGGAGAAAGAUGAGCUGCGAAACUACCAAGAGAAAGACAAGGAGCGCCGAUGCCUCGAGUAUACCAUUUAUUCCCGCGAACAGCAUGAGAUUGCAAAUGUGCUGGAUAACCUCGAGGAACAGCGGCAGAACGGGGUUGAGGAUGCAGAUAACAACAGGGACCAGUUUGUUGAGGGCGAGAAGGCGAUGUCUCAGAUAGACGCCGAGAUUGCCGAGUGCCGCCAGCAAAUUGAGUUUUUGAAGGUUGACAAGGCUCAGCUUGAAGAUGAGCGACGGGAAGCAUCAAAGUCUCUGGCACAAAUCGAACUUCAGGCCAAGGCUCUUUCCGAUAAUCAGGCCGCUGCGCAGGUGCUCAAAUCACGCCAUGACAGUGAUCUCAAUGCUGUGCAGACUGCCAUCCAAGAACGCGAAGCGGAGCUCCAUGACCUUCUGCCCCGCUUCAAUGCCUUUAAAGACCAGGAAGAUACCGUCAAGGCUCAAUUGACCGAGGCAGAAACAUCACGUCAACGUUUGUAUGCCAAACAAGGCCGCAAUUCUCGAUUCAAGAACAAGUCGGAGCGUGACAAGUGGCUGCAAAUGGAAAUUCGGGAGACACAUAGAUCUGUUUCUAGUGUGCAAGGUGUUGUCACGCAGACUCAAGAAGACAUCAGGGAGCUUGAAAAUGAGAUUGCCCUGCUCGAGCCUGAAACUGAGCGUCUGCGCAAGCAGAUUGAUGGCCGUGGUGAUACUAUGCAGUCUGUGGACCAGCAGGUCCAGAACGCCAAGGACGAGCGAGACCGACUGAUGGACCAGAGAAAGGAGCUUUGGAGAGAAGAGGCCAAACUUGAUUCCGUCCUUUCUAGUGCAUCCCAAGAAAUGGACCGAGCGGAGCGCAGCCUUUCUCAGAUGAUGGACAACAACACCAGCCGUGGUAUUGCGGCCGUGCGACGCAUUAAGCGCCAACAUAACCUCGAGGGUGUUUAUGGUACCUUGGCCGAGCUUUUCGAUGUCAGCGAUAGGUACCGGACCGCUGUGGAAGUUACCGCUGGACAGAGCCUAUUCCACUACGUCGUUGAUAACGAUGAGACGGCGACCAAGGUCUUAGAGAUCUUGCAAAAAGAAAAGGCCGGUCGAGUAACAUUUAUGCCGUUGAACCGCCUCCGGUCGAAGCCCUCCAACAUGCCUCGUGCCAGCGAUACGAUACCCAUGCUCGAUAAGCUCCAGUUUGACCCAGCCUACGAGAGAGCCUUCCAGCAUGUGUUUGCAAGGACUAUCAUCUGUCCCAACCUGCAGGUGGCUUCGCAGUACGCCCGUAGCCACGGUGUCAAUGCUAUCACUCCCGAGGGCGACCGUUCUGACAAGCGCGGUGCUCUCACUGGUGGUUACCAUGAUUCUCGCCAGUCGCGACUGGAUGCCGUGAAGAAUGUCGGCAAGUGGAGGGAUGAAUAUGAGACCAAGCGAAACCGUGGAACUGAGAUCCGCAAGGAGCUGGAGAAGCUGGACCAGCUGAUCACCAGGGCCGUCGGAGAACUGCAGAAGCUUGAGCAACAACGGCACCAGGUGCAGAAUAGUAGUGGCCCUUUGCGCCAAGAACUCCGAAGCAAGCGUGAUCUCUUGCAGAACAAGACCGACACCCUCGAUGCGAAGCGCCGUGCUCUCCAUAAUGUCCAAUCCAACCUGGCGGCUCUUAAUGAUCAAGUCAACGCCUUCCAGGGUGAAAUGUCCUCGCCAUUCCAGAAGGCUCUGACCAAUGAGGAGGAGGCUCGCUUAGAAACAUUGAACGGAACCGUGCAAGAGCUCCGGAGACAGUAUCAGGAACUGUCGGGCACCAGGAGUGAGCUGGAGGGCCGCAAGUCCGUUCUGGAAGUCGAGCUCCGGGAGAACCUCAACCCUCGCCUCGAUCAACUUCAGAACCGAGAUCUCGACAUGGCCGAGGAGGAAGUCCAGGGCAACCUAAAGGAGACCCAGCGUGAACAGAAACGUCUCAGCCAGGCCUUGGAGAAGCUCAAUGGACGUAUCAAGCAGGUAGACUCCUCGAUCGAAGAGGCGAAUGCUCGAGUCAGCGAUCUACAGCAGCGCAAUGCGGAUACUCGACGGCAGAUGGAAGACCUGGCACGGUCUAUCGAGAAGUACCAGCGGCGCAUGGAGAAGAGUAUGCAGAAGAAGGCCGCCCUCACCAAGCAGGCUUCUGAGUGUGCUGCCAACAUCCGUGACCUUGGUGUGCUUCCUGACGAGGCCUUCACCAAGUACAAGAACACCGACUCCAACGCGGUGGUGAAGAAGCUGCACAAGACCAACGAAGCCUUAAAAAAGUACUCGCAUGUCAACAAGAAGGCUUUCGAGCAGUACAACAGCUUCACCAAGCAGCGUGAGACCCUGACCACCCGCCGCGAGGAGCUGGAUGCUUCUCAGAAGUCCAUUGACGACCUGAUUUCGGUCCUGGACCAGCGUAAGGAUGAGGCAAUCGAGCGAACAUUCAAGCAGGUGUCUCGUGAGUUUGCCAAUGUCUUCGAGAAGCUGGUCCCCGCUGGCCGCGGCCGCCUGAUCAUCCAACGCAAGACUGAUCGCACCGCGCGCCCCGAGGACGAAGUCGACUCGGAAGAUGAGGAAGCUCAACAGAGCGUGGAGAACUACGUGGGUGUCGGCAUCAGUGUCAGCUUCAAUAGCAAGCACGAUGACCAGCAGCGUAUCCAGCAGCUGAGUGGUGGACAGAAGAGUCUGUGCGCCCUUGCCCUGGUCUUCGCCAUCCAGGCCUGUGACCCAGCCCCCUUCUACCUAUUCGAUGAGAUCGAUGCCAACCUGGACGCACAGUACCGUACCGCCGUGGCGCAGAUGUUGAAGUCCAUCUCGGACUCGACCAAUGGGCAGUUCAUUUGCACCACUUUCCGGCCGGAGAUGCUACACGUCGCGGAGAAGUGCUACGGUGUGAGCUUCAACCAGAAGGCCAGCACAAUUGACGUGGUGUCGCGUGAGGAGGCAUUGAAGUUUGUGGAGGGACAGAAGGCGUGA